CGUUGGAAUUAUUUAAAUUUCAAUGGCUUAGAUUAUUUCAAACAUAAUUUUUACAAAUGGUAUCAAUGCAAAAUGUCAAAUGUGUUAAUAAGUUCAACGCUUUUGUUUUAGAAGUAUAUUGUCCGUGCUAUAGUGUGUUAGUUUUUGGUUGUGAACUGUACAUCGUGUUUACGUGGUCGGUUAAAACACAAGUAUCUAAUCUAGCUGCUCACAAUUAUCGAGAUAUUUAAUGAGUAUUUUUUAAGAUGAGAUCAUUGGUAAUGGUCUUUUAAUAGAAUUUAAGAGGCUUAACGUCUUCACUUGUGCAUUAGGUACGUAAUAACUGAAACCCGUCGGGAUCAGUCUAACCACUUAAACUUCUACCAACUGAUCAUGCAUGAUCUGCCAGACAUAAUCAACAGUGAAUCUGGCACAUAUCUGCAUCGGUUCAAGUUGCAACGAUAAAGCACAUCAAGAUGCCAAAAUAUUAGAAAUAAUUACAACACCGAUGGUAACAGAAUGUUUCGGCAUCAAGAAUAUGACUGGAGAAGGAGAUAAGUAUUCGUGGAGGGAAAAAGUAUGAGAUCGUUCUAAAACUCAGGAUCUAAGGGAAGAUAUAUGGUGAAUGGAUCUGUGUCAUUUUGAACUAUUCUAAGCCAUGUCAAAUUUCGUCUCCAACCAUUGGUUGUAGUAAUUGCGCGGAAUCCAACCAGAUGGUUUACGCCUGCCGACACAGCUCAGUCCAACAUUCGACAACGUCAUGGACUGAUGCCACGUUUUGAUUUUACCAUCUUAGGCUUUCUUCUUACUUCUACAUCGCCCCCAAAUGCCCUGGUACGGCUGAGAGUGGGGAGAGUCCGCUCUCCCUCUCGAAAUGCUCUCACAUGGCCACGCGAAUAUAUAGCCUCUGCCAGGGAAGUCCUACUCACUUCCUUCUCGUGGCGGGGGUGUUGUUUACGAAAGUGAGAGGACGAAGAGCGAAUGUCCGGCGCUUUAACCGGGUUGGUGGACACGGAGGGUCCACCUAGGGGAGUUGGAAAACCCUGAUUCCAAACCAAUGGUGCACAUGGGCUCCAGUAUCCUGAUGGAACGAAUGGCGUAUGAACCUAUUGUUGGUCACCGACUACCAUGGGACUGCAUCUUCUUACGAUGCUCCACUGCCUUGUGGAUCAGAUCUUUAGGUCAAAUGCUCCGGAUGUGGUCCUCUAAGAAGACCACCUGUUUCGGUUUGGGCACCUGGGCAGUAUCACAGCCCUCACACAAAUCAAAUGAGAUUUGUGUGGCGCAUAUUUAUCUGGUGCUUCUGUGUACCAAUAUUUAUGUGUUUAAAUAAAAUAAAUACUUCUACAUCAGACAUCCAUUUGAGGGUGUGAUGUUUGGAAAUAUAUAUGUCGUGUAUGUUAAUUUCGCUUCAUUUUAUAUUAAGAUAGCCGAAUUGUUUCUUAAGUCUCUAUUCCCCUACCUAAUACCUCAUAGACUAACAAACGAACAUCAUUUGGAUUUUAAGCCACAAUAUUUCAUUUUGCUGAAGUGAUAGCUAAUAAACAAAAUCAAGAGUUGUAUUUUUUUUUAAAAAUAACUUCCUACUUGAUGUCCUAAAGAUUUCGUCCAUUCUAGGAACUGGAAGUACAACAUCUGAUGGAUCAUACAAACCUUCAUUCCUUUCGGAUCAAGAACUCAAGCAUUUGGUUUUGGAAGCUGCGGAUGGAUUUCUUUUUGUUUGUCAAUGUGAUACUGGAAGAAUCAUCUAUGUAUCUGACAGUGUAACAUCCGUGCUCAAUCAAACUCAGUCAGAAUGGUAUCAGCAUACGCUGUACGAGUUAUGUCACCCGGAUGAUGCAGAGAAAAUAUGUGAACAACUUACUGGAUCUAUAUUACCGUCACAAGGUGCUAGUAUUUUAGGUCUCACAGGUCAAGCUUCGUUAUCUACUUUAUCGAAUAGUAAUUCGACCAAUCUAACCAAACAAACCGCUGGAUCAGAUCUUAAAAUGGGUCCUGUUGCAUCUGAUCUCUCCCCUACACCAGCAUCUGAUCUGGUAUCUACCCAUAUAUGCGCUUCCCAACGCCAUAAUUCUCCAGCAAAUUUGACUAAUAAUAUUUGUUCGUCACCUGUUCCUGGGCGUAUACUAGAUUUAAAAUCUGGUACAUUAAAAAAGGAAGGUCAUCAAUCUCACUUACGAGGAAAUAUGAGCUCACGUCGUGGUUUCAUUUGUCGAAUGCGCCUAGGUUCAGCUAUCCAGUGUGCUAUGCAAUCGGAUUCUGGAGUUGUAAGUUCUUUAGGAUUAACAGCUCGGGCACGUUUACGUUAUCGACAUACUUUCGGAAUAUCAUCAAGUGGUCAAUGUUCUUAUGCUGUUGUUCAUGUGACCGGUUUUGUGAAACCAUACAAUCCUAGAAUUGACCCCACUCCGAAUAAUGUCCAAGUUAGUGGUCAGGUUAUAGGAUCUCAAGCAUACCCUCUAUUCGAUGGUCUAAUCUCAGAAGAAAGUGAAUUUAAUCCUCCAAUCUCCGAUAAUAAUCACCUAGGUCGUUCUGAUACAAAUAAUUGUUCAGAUGUUCAUAUACCUCAGUGUUUAAUAGCUUUAGGUCGUUUACAGUUAGUCAACAAACCAGAAGCCGUUGACCUUUAUCCUCAUCGUUUCAAUGAAUUCCUUACACGUCAUUCAGCAGAUACACUUAUCACAUUUUGCGAUCAAAGAGUUCAAAACGUUCUUGGUUUGGAAACAAAUGAAGUCCUUGGGCAAGCCUUUGGAAAUCUUCUACCUUCUUCUAGAGACAAGAUUAGUUUUCAAGAAGUUUUUGACAAAGCUUGGAAGCUCAAAGGCCAGUCAUUCACAAUCAUGGUACAUAUGCGUUCCAAGUUAUUUACUGAAUUGCUGUUCGUUAAGUGUCAUUUAACAGCGUUUGUGAAUCCUUACAGUGAGGAGGUAGAAUAUGUCAUUUGUACGACAAGUUCCAUAAAAGCUUUGGAAAGUGAGACUUCAGGUUCAAAUUCAAAUACUACUUAUACGGAAAACAACACUUAUGGUCAAACUAAGGUAGAUUUCUUUGAGAGAACAUCCCAUGUUACUCACGCUAAUUGUUCAGUGGUACGUGAUCAUACUAAUACGACACCAAUCCAACCGAACCCUAAAUCUUCGACUUAUAUUCAUCCAGUUAACCAAGCAAAAGAAUCACAUUUGUCUAAUUACUGGAGACAUACAAAUGAAAAUACAGAUCACUUUGACCCAGGAUUCGCAAUACAACCAAGUACCACUGAGAUGAAUCUACCCUCAGAUCUUGAUCAUCAAUCAUAUCCAUUUUCCGGUCAGAUAGAUUCAUCCUUGAACAAACCUAGCUCACUACAUAGUUUGUCAUGCUCUAAUACACAAUUAAUACCGCAAUCAAAUCAAGAGCAUGCUAAUAUUCAACACCAUACAGAUACAGCAUCUGGUGACUAUUUAUCAUCUAUCCCAAACAAUUACGGUACACUACGAAACGGUACAGAUUUUCCAACAAGUGAUGUCCAAGUUCUAAAUAAUUUUGAUCACAAACGCAAUAACCCUCUUGACGUUAACUGUGCUUUUCAAGCGUCUAACCUGAACACAGGUGACUGCCUAGUUCAAACAUCUGAAAGUGGAUUAACACGCCCAUCAGCUAUCUGCUUUAUGCCGUCAGAUUCAGUAGGUGAUUGUGGUUGUGAUAUUACGGAAAAUAUGUCACCACAUACCAUGUCAUAUCUAAAUAUAAACCGACCAUUUGGUAAUCAUGAAACAUACUUACCAAGUAUUGAUAUUACCUCAGAUUCCAGGACAUAUCAACAACCAAUUACUGAUCAUCCUACUUCUGCGUUUCAUGGAUGGUAUGAUCAUUCACUACCUUCCAGUUCCAUAUCCACUUCGGAGUCUUCCUCUAUACCAUCAGAUAUUUAUCAUCAACCCGUUGCAAAUAACCACACGCAAGAUGAUUUAUCCACCAGCGAUUUUGUAUACCCUCAGCCCCACAUAUUGCAAGUCAAUAAUGAAACGAAUAACUGUAUACAACAAAACCCUCUGCAGCAACCGAGUUAUGAUUAUUUCAAAUACACUGUACAAUAGCUUAAAAAACACUAUUUGAAGUGAAUUGUAUUUUGUCCCUGGGAAUGUUGUGCAAAUACUAUCAUUCCACUUAAAAACAACUAUUGUAUAGUUUAUUUGGAGUGUAUACUUGAAUUCUCUAAUUUUCUUUCAUAUUGAUUCUUUCGUGUAUUCAUAUAUUCUUUUUUAUGCAUAUCUAUCUUAAUAGUUAAUACUGUUAUUGCUUACUUUUGCUGGUCUUUUUUUUAUCUAAUCAGGUUAAUCAUUUCCUGAUGUCAUUGUGUACAUGUCUUCUUAAUUAUUUCAUGAGCUUAAAAGGAAUUAUGCUAUGCUUUAAAGAUUAUAUAUAUCCUUAAUUGCUCUACAAUUUCAGCAUUUUUAAAUAUCUUUUUCUUUGUUAAUUAAUGGUACUACUUCAUUUAUAAAUAGAAACAAACUGUAAACUAAUG